GGCAAUAGUAUGUUGAUCUGCAAAUUAAUCUCUAGGUUAGCUAUCCUAGUUUGUAUAGAAUGGUGUGAGCAUGCUCAGGUAAAACUUGGGUUUUGUUGUUUUGAGGGGAAAAAAGAUUAACUAUGUCCAUUGUCUUCAUGCCUUCUUGAACUAUUCUGAAUUCUGCUGAACAUUUCUAGAAUAUUGUCUACCUACUGUCCUUAGUCAGAUCCUAUGAAACAGUAUCCUAAGAUAUACUGAAAUCCUUGCUUAUAAAAUCUUAGAUUUAAAAAUGGCAGGUUUGAAAAUAUUCUGUGACUGAUACCCACCAAAACUAUAUAAUACCAGUUUUAUAUAUACAAGUAGUUCUUAUAUAACAACUGCCUUGUUUAGUGACUGUUUCCAGUUAUGACAGUGAUAAAAAAGCAAUUAUGUGACCACUCCAUAUUUAUGACCUUUGCAGAUUGGUAAAACAAAAGAAGUCCGAAGUAAGAUCGUAAGUCCAGCUGCAGUUUCAGUUAGCAAUGAUUUCACAUAGUGGCUGAAUUUCUGGACCUAAUUUUGGUCACUAAAUAAGCACUACCUGUAUUUUCUCAAAAUGGAAUAUACUGUAUAAAUCAAGUCUGUAUAGAAACUACGAGCUAUAAGCAGUAUUUUUAUGCGUGGUUAAAGAAAUAUUUUAGUUAGUUAAACCUACAACAAAAGAUCAGAGCCACUUGUAGCCUUUUCCUUGGAAGUUUGCAAACAGCUAGGAAGAUACAGUACUUUACUCAAUGGAAAGUAUAUUACUUCAGUUAAACUCUUGCUCCAUAGAAUAAUAGCUCACCAGGCUACUUUCCUCAUUCAUGCAUGGUUCCCAUGUUUUCUGGCAUUAUGUUCCACUAGGCUUCCUUUAGUUGAAUCCAUUAUUAUAUGUAAUCAAAACAGGGAACUAUUACCAUCACUCAAUAGGAGCUGCAAGCACUUUUUAUUUUGAGUAUUUUUGACAGGAGUUUGGAGUUCUGACUCAGCAAUGCAUUCACAAGCCUAAUGCAUUAGAAUGAGGAAAAAUAAAGGGAGAAAUGAAGCAGCGAGGCUUGCUUUUAUUUUAUAAUCCUCUUUGUUUUUCUAGAACUUCUGAAUAGCCCCAGAAUCACUGAGUCAAUUUUGGAAUCCCAUUUUCAUGACAAAGCAAACAUUUAUCCUAAAAAAUGAGCCCAUUAUAAAACAAGACUUCCUGGUUUCAGCUCUUGCCGUUACUUCUAGUCUCUUUUCUUUAGAAAUACAGCACCCAGCAUUGAUCAUGUUUAAAACUGGAAGCAGGAUUACUUUCUAUGAAGGCAAGAAUUUCCAAGGAUGCCGCUAUGAGUCUGAUAGGGAUUGUUUGGAUUUCCACACUGAUUUGAGCCAUUGCAAUUCCAUCCGUGUAGAAAAUGGUGUCUGGGUUGUUUAUGAGCAGCCAAAUUUUGCAGGAAACAUGUAUGUUUUAACCCAUGGAGAAUAUCCUGAAUAUCACUGCUGGAUGGGUCAAAAUGAUAGAGUCAGCUCCUGCAAAUCCAUUCAGUUGACUGGUGGAGACAAAUAUCAGAUCCAGCUCUUUGAGAAGGGUGACUUUAGUGGUCAAAUGCAUGAAUCUGCAGAGGAUUGCCCUUCUGUGAUGGAGAAGUUUCACCUGCCAGAAAUUCAUUCUUGCAAAGUUCUGGAUGGGGCAUGGAUUUUCUAUGAACAUCCCAACUUCCGUGGCAAGCAGUAUUUCUUAGAGAGAGGGGAAUACAGUAAACCCACGGAGUGGGGAGCAGCAACCCCACUGGUCCAGUCCUUCCGCCAUAUUGCAGAAUAAUAAAUAGCAUGGAGUCUGAAGCUGAUAUGAUAGAGACUUGAUGCCAUACUUGUGGGCUUCAUGCUACCUGUCAUUAUUCGUGGUAUAUGUGUCCCUUUGAGUGAUCCUUUAAAGGAGAUGACUAAUCUCUGCACUGCUAUUUUGGAAAGAUAAUUAAAUUUAUUUA